GUUCUUCCCUUCCAUCGAUGCCGCAGCGCAGAAGUCACACCAAAUCUCGGCGUGGGUGCUUACAAUUGUGAUGAAGCUACGCCUAGUUGUGGCUAUUGCCUGAAACGCGAGGUCAUUUGUAGCUACCUCACUACUAGCCGCGACAACACGCCGAAUUUGAAUGCAUCGCCGUCUGGUCAAUCAGAACCCACGACAUCCUCGGCUCCUCGGACUACGGAAACCAGAGUCUUGGAGCUUCGACUGAUGCACAAUUGGUCAACCAACGCAUUCAAGUCAAUGAGACAGCACUCUGACGAAACUCAGCUAUGGCAAGUCGUCGUACCAGAACUGGCCCUCUCACACGAGUUCCUCUUAAAUGCGCUUCUGGCUCUAUCUGCUCGUCAGAUCUCUUUCGAGGACCCAACUUGGGACUGGGCUGCUCUGGAAUACGAGGGCAGGGCUCUCAUGGGUUUCCAGCAUGUUCUAGGUUCUCUCGAUUCCACAAACUACGAGGCCAUCUUCGCAUGCGCUAUACUUAUCAUGGUCUUCUCAUUGGCGCAAUCUCACUGGCAGCACAGUCGUCAGUUGUCUGAUGCUCUGGCCGACAUUAUCGAACUACGCAGAGUCAUCGCUGGAGUUGGUCUGGUGCAUAGGCAUUACAGCGACCUCUUGGAUCUCUCGAGCUUUCGGAUACUGUUCAGUCCGCACACGCCGAGUAACCUGGACUCUGGAAAUGGCACAGGUGUGCCGCUGCCCGAUAUGUGUCGCUCAUACCUCAAAGUNAUAGUUGACGCCACACUUGAGCUCCUGCGAGCAGAGGCAUCCAAGACUGCAAACGCCAAACCCCACUCCGAUGCCAUAUCCUAUCUUCAACAAGGUAUGAGCUCCUACUGCACAGGUGGCAUAAUGUCAGAGAUUAUGGCAUGGCCAGUAUCACUGGACGACGACUAUGUGAAUCUUAUCGAGAAAAGUGAGCCGCUGGCACUAGCAAUAGUCGCUCACUAUGGAGUCACCAUUCAUUUGCUUCGAGACCGAUGGUGGGCAGCGGAUGCUGGAAAGCGUCUCGUGCACGCAGUACUACCAAUCCUACGCGAUUUACAGCCAGAACUGGCUGAUCUGGUACAACGAUCGUGGACCGCUGUGGCCAGCGAGCAAUCGUCUUACAACACACCAAUGCCCAACCAU